AUGUGUAUCCUCCUCACCUCACCUGUCUUCUUGUCUACAAUAAUCCUUCACUUCUCAAACCCGGACCAUUGCGGAGGACAAACACCAAUCGGAAAAAUACCACAUGUAAACAGGCAGGCAUUUAUAUGGCAGAAAAUAGUACCGUUUGCGACCACUAGAUUUUUUUUACUUAAUUGUUUGUACAUGACCAUUGGCUGCGUAUGGUUCCUAACAAGUGCUUUAAUGCUUAACGUUCCUGCUGGUGCGAAGCGCUUGCUGGUGCGCUGGCCAUGGACCAUCGUGACUAUAGUUUCUUGUGCAGUGGCUGUCGUUUCCGUAAUUAUCUAG